AUGAGUUUUAGUACUAGACGCCAGGCGUAUCGUGCUGAGAAGCAAGAUCAUCGCAAAGAAUUGAAACAUGUCAAGAUCGAUGAAUCUGUGAUUGAAAAGGUGGAUAAACUAUCUUUACCUAAAAAAAAGUUUUACAGACAAAGAGCACAUUCGAAUCCAUUCAGUGAUCAUCAGUUGGAGUAUCCAAUAAGCCCAGCUCAUAUGGACUGGUCAAAAUUGUACCCUCAUUUCUACGAUAGUGAAAAGAAGAAAAUGACGAAAGAUGUUACCAUUGCGGAUAUCGGAUGUGGUUAUGGUGGUCUUAUGAUCGAUUUAUCUCCAGAAUUUCCCGAUGAAAUGAUCUUGGGUAUGGAGAUUCGUGUUCAAGUAACGAAUUAUGUCGAAGAUAGAAUUAUUGCAUUGAGAACCAACCACGCGAAGGAAAACGGAUAUCAAAACAUUAAUGUAUUAAGAGGUAAUGCAAUGAAAUUCUUGCCAAAUUUUUUUAAUAAGGGACAGUUGUCCAAGAUAUUUUUCUGUUUCCCAGAUCCCCAUUUCAAGCAAAGAAAGCAUAAAGCAAGAAUCGUCACUGAUACAUUACUAAGUGAGUACGCAUAUGUGUUGAAAGAGGGUGGUAUCAUUUAUACAAUCACCGAUGUUCUAGAUCUACAUGAAUGGAUGGUAAAACACUUAGAAGAACAUCCUCUAUUCGAAAGGCUUUCUGAAGAAUGGGAAGCACAGGAUAAAUGUGUAAGCAUAAUGAGAAAUGCUACAGAGGAAGGUAAGAAAGUUGAAAGAAAUAAAGGUGAUAAAUAUAUAGCAUGUUUCGUAAGAUUACCAACUCCAGAUAUAAUCUAA